AUGGAACAGGUCAACCAUGAUUUGAAGGGAUCAGAUGGGUCCUUGAGGGCACUCGUGCAUCUCAAUGAGGUGCCUAACACGCAGCCAAAUCCGGAGGUCGUAGAGGAGCUGCGCGCGCAAAGGAAUGCCAUCAUGAAGGGGGAGACUGCCUACCUGUGGUGUCUUCAAGAAGGAGAUUGCAUAGAAUCCAGGCAGCUUAUACCAAGUUGGGUUUCUAGGCCCAUUGAGCUUGCAUUGCUCAGAUUCUCAGAGGAGCUUGUGAAGUGGAACAGGCUGCUGGCAGAGAAAGAUGGCAAGUUGACUGCCCAUCAAAGCAAAACGUAUGAGGAGUUUCGAGCGAACACUAGCGAGAUGAGAGCAAUGCCAGGUUCGCAAGGGACCGGCGCAGCCAAGAAGCUGAGUCUUUUGCAAGGGGAGCCUUGCAAUGUAGAUCAGCUGCCUGAAGGCCUUGACAAAGGUGUGUCCCAGGAUGUUGCCGAAGCAUACGAGUGGGGCCUUCUCGAUGAGGACCAGCAUCCCGAGAUCGACGCAGAAGAGGCCGUUCAGAUUGAGGCAGUGGAAGCAUUGUGUGACGCUGAGGGUGAGCUGGAAGUGUGGGGAGCAGACACAGAGGAUGAGGACCUCUUCCCUGUCUCCAGCACAACGGCUAAAGUCAAAGACUUCAUGCACCGUGAUGCAUUCAAAGCUUUGGAGGAGCUUGGCCUGGCUUUGAUUCCGAAUCACCUGCGCGGAGUCUUCCUGAGCUACCACAAAUCUACACAGUGCUGGCAAGGGUUCUUCCCUGGUAUCCGUGCUGGCCUUGGAUUUUGCUGGG